AUGUCGACUGGAAGAAUAGACCCGCCACCGUCGGACACGGAAAAGGACGUCAAGGUCAACCCCCAGCACGACUCUGAUGGAUCGUCACCCGACGUCGAGGCGUUGCACUCGGAAGGCGUCGCGCCGCCGGGGGCCAUUCCGGGUGCCAACAACAAUGCCGUCAGCUUGGAGAGGGAGAAGUCCAUUCUCAGAAAGUUGGACAAGCGGAUUGUGCCCAUGGUGAUGUGGACAUAUCUGAUGAACAUGAUGGAUCGAGUCAACAUCGGAAACGCUCGUCUUUUCAGCAUGGAAGAGGACUUGGGAAUGCAAGGCGGCCAGUUCCAACUGGCCGUCUCGGUCCUUUUCAUCACCUACUGUCUCUUUGAGGCCCCCUCCAACAUGAUCAUCAAGAAGAUGAAGCCCGCCCGCUAUCUAGCCGGCCUGACCCUCGCCUGGGGCGUCGUCGCGACUCUCUCUGCGCUCGUCAACAACUUCGCCUCGCUCGUCGCCUGCCGUCUGAUCCUCGGUCUUCUCGAGGCCGGUUUCUUCCCCGGCGUGGUUCUGUACCUGUCCAUGUUCUACGGCCGGAGGUCGCUCGCCCUGCGCAUCGCCCUCUUCUACGGCACGGCCGCGUUAUCAGGAGCGGCCGGCGGCCUGGUCGCGUAUGGCAUCAGCUUCAUGAACGGGUUCAACGGCUGGAACGCGUGGCGGUGGAUCAUCCUCAUCAACGGUCUUCCCACCAUCGUCACGGGCGUCGUCAUUCCCUUUGUGCUGCCCAACAGCCCCGAGACGACAAAGUUCCUCGAUGAGAGCGAGAAGCGCGACCUCGUCCUGAUUCACGAGGCCCAGGUCGGCCGCGCAAAGAACCUGACCCACAUGGUCAAGGAGGACGUCUGGGAUGCCGUUCGCGACUGGACCACGUGGACCUACUGCAUCGCCCUGUUCCCGCAGCUCAUCAUGUUGUACUCGUUCGUUGUGUUCCUGCCCACCAUCAUCAACGGCCUGGGCACCUGGACCCCGGCCGAGGUCCAGGCCAUGACCAUCCCUGUCUACAUGUUUGGCGCCAUCGUCUACGUUCUCUGCGCCUGGCAGAGCGACAAGACCCAGAGGCGAGGCUACUUUAUCAUCGGCGCCAUCUGCUCCGCCAUGGUCGGCUACGGCAUGCUGUACGCCGACGCCGGAGCCGGAGCGAGCUACGCGGGCUGCUUCUUCGUGUCUGUCGGCAUCUUCCUUUCGGCCGGGAUUUCAUUCGCCUGGGUGCCUGUCAACAACCCGAGGUACGGCAAGCGCGCCUUCUCGACGGGUAUGCAUUUGACCAUUGGCAACUCUUCCGGCGUCGCCGCUCCCUUCUUGUUCCUCGGCACCGACGGCUUCCGCACGGGAUACACCAUCAGCUUGAUCCUCUUGGCGUUUGGCCUGAUCCUCAACGUCAUUCUGCACUUGCACUUUAGGCGUCAGAACAAGUUGCGUGAUGCAGGUGAGCAGGACUACCUGAUGGAGGGAAAGACGCAGUUGGAGCUUGAGGCUAUGGGCGAGAGGAACCCGCAGUUUAGGUUCGCCAUCUGA